AUGGUGCUGCCUCAAAGCCGUCUACGAACAUCUACCACAGGUGACCUUCGAGACGCCGCUCUCCGAAGUCAGUUUCCCUGCGACGCCAAGUACAACGAUGCACAUCUUGGGGGCGCCCCUGAGGUGCAAGUCCAAUAUGCAUGGUUCAUCGACAACUGCCCAGGCUGGUCUCUCAGUGACAAGUCUAACCUGAAUGCUUGGCUUCACUCUCUGUCGGGUUUCUUGCUACCAGCCGUGGUAUUCUGUCUGUCUGUGCCCAGACGAAGGAAACUUCAUGUUUAUCGCGCCUUGUUUGUAGCCGAUAUCGCCGGCAUCAAAAGUAUCAUUCCAGCAAUCAUCGGUGCCAUUUUGGCAGGCAUAAUUGUCACAGUCGAUACAAUUAUAUGGCUUUCCAUCUGCUUCGCCUUCGCCGGCCCCAUGAUUCUGAGCGGCCUCUAUGAAGCGUUGCUAGAUAACCGGGUUCUGGAGUUUCUCAGAGACAAAAUCCAAAAUAAGCGACUGACGCUCGACAUGCGGUGCCGUUGCCUCAUGCUGGUAUUGAUUGGGAACCUUGAUCUCGCUCUAGACCGCGAGACCCUGAAAUGGGGGAGACAAGCAUAUAUUUCCGCCGUAUCAGCAAUACCUCUGGAAAAUGGGCACAUAUCACACCAGGAUCACACUGCACAAGGGGAAUUUAUGACAGGAUCGACGCCCCAGGAAGCUCGUACUGUCGAGAACAGAGAUAUACAACUUGGGUCCCUAGCCCAUCGAGAACAAGCAACUGUCAAUGGUGCCAACCAAGAUUCCCAUGGUAGAACCUCGCCCCAAACUGUCGCAAACUCAACAUCAAUGGAUACAGAACCGCCGAAUCAGAGCAUCAGACGGCGUUCAUCCGCUCCGCAGCCAAAUGCGAACAACGCCGUCUCAACGCAGGCAUUUCCACGUCAUUCCACUGGUCACCUAACGGCAUCUCCUUGGCGUCACAUGGAGACUUUACUCUAUGAUCUACGGCUUUACGAUGAUGACAAUGUCUCUAGGGGCCAGUCUCCGCGUCAGUGGGCCAGGCACAAUUGUCCAGAUCGCCUGUGCGACCGGCGUCAACACAUCCAAGAGCCAUGGCCCCGAUCCCGGGAGACUGAGCGUUGCAUAGUUAGAACCAAAACCCGACUCCGAACGAUGUUGCACUGCCAGUAUUCGUUCGGGUCGAUUGUUGGUGCACCAGUAAUCUUCUUCCUCGGAGGUUUUAUCUUUUCGUUCCUAACUAGCCUUGACGAGUUGGGAGAUGAAAACAUCGCGGAAUCCAUCGCUUUUGGAUCAUGGUACAUGAUUAUUCCUCAUAUCGCCAUCAUUUCCGGGUUACUACUUGCUGGAAACAAUCCCAACAUCCUGGAGGGGGUUCUGGCAACAGAGCGCGAUCCGGAAGAUCCCGAAGAUCCAACUUACGUCUUUGGUUUCUUACGCUUCGAUCUGGUCUAUCCCAGUUGCUACAAGGUGGCCUGGCAAUGGCUUCGCGGCCACACCAAGAAGCAAUGGAUCGAGCAGCUUCUGACAGUCUAUAGCAGAAGAACUGAUGUCGAGUAUCGAGGCCACGAGGAUAUCGAUGGCGAUAUGAAGGAUCUACGCUUCAGAACUACCUUGUCGCUCCUCGACUGGUUCGUCUUGCUCUUCCUCACUCUGCUCCUCGUCGGUAUCCCCUACCUGUUCGCAUUCAUGCUGGCCUUCUUCACGCCCCAGAUCGGGCUGUCCUGCCGCUCCCUGACGUUCUUGGUCUACUUUGGUCUCCAGCUCGCGCAGAUUGGUCUAUGGCUAUGGGCUUACAUCGGCGCCCCGGGCGACGUCACCAAUCCCAAACGCCGCAUCAGAGCAUUGGACAUGUUUAGAAAGGGAGGCUGGCUCGAUCACCGAAAAUUCUACGACCCCUCAACGGCUCCGUGGCACGAAGACACGCACUCGCCCAGCUCCAAGCUGGCGGGCUUCCUAGCCCACGCCAGUAAACCGGGAUCCUGGACCUUGCACACUUUUUGGUCCUCGCUGUACUACUCGUUGCAAAUCAUCUUUGGGCUGAGCGCCGUUUUUGUCAGUCUCGGCGGUACUUUGAUGCAAAUCAUGGGCGUGUACCGUACCAACAUGUGCUUCGUCAACGUGCAUUACUGGUUGGAGCCGAAGGAGAGACGUCCCCCAGUUGUGUUAUCGGUGAACAGCCGGGAAAUGAUUAAUUCCGCCACAAAAUACUGGAAGCCAGUCGCCAUCGCCGCGAUAGCGUUCAUGGCGGUUGUGAGCUUCGUAGGCUGGUGGUACCAGCGACGUAUGCGCGACGUGUUUGGGCAAUUGGUGAAGAAGAUUGACAAGGUUGAGUUCGAACGUGAGUGGCCAUUCCGCCCCCGACCAGCUCUGGGAACCAUGACGAACGGUGCCAUCGACGGACAGCAAAACUAG